AUGAGCCUCGUUACUAUUAAGCGUGUGGGUAUUGUGGUGUUGGUGAUAUGGUUGAUCACACUGUUCUACUUAUGGCUCCCUAAUAUUGUCGAUUCCAAGAAAUGGCCUUUUCUGGGAAAGAAAGGUCUGAACAGUAUAAACAUGAAUUCCAAAGCAAACAGUACAAACAUGAUGCAUGUUGUGAUCACUUCUGACAAACAUACACUUGGUGGAAUGAUAGCGACAAUGAACAGCAUCUAUUCAAACACUCGACAUGACGUCAUGUUUCAUUUGGUUGUGGAUGAUGAAAGUUUUGACCACAUCAUAAUUUGGCUAAAAAAAACCAAGUUAAAUAUGUUGAACUAUGAAGUGAAGCGUUUUCCUGUUGAAUGGGUCCAAGACAAGAUACACUUAAGAAGUGGCCGUCCAGAGUUGGGGAGACCUCUUAAUUAUGCCCGUUAUUACCUUCCUCGUCUAUUCCCAGACUUGAAAGGACGAAUAUUAUUUAUCGAUGAUGACUGCAUUGUCCAGGGUGACAUUUCAGAUUUGUAUACUAUGAAAAUUAAUUCCGGGGAUUUAGCUGCUUUUUCUAAUGACUGUUCAGCUACUUCGAAACGAUUGUCUCGAUUGAAGAAUAACUAUGCUGAAUACAUUGAUUUCAAGAACAAACACAUUCAACAGAUGCACAUGCAUCCUGCAACAUGUUCGUUUAAUACUGGACUCAUGUUGACAGAUCUUGACCUCUGGAAGAAAAAUAAUAUCACUGAACAGCUGGAAUAUUGGUUACAAUUGAACAAAAAAGAGGAAGUUUAUGGAAAUGAAAAAGGUGGUGGUGGAUCUCAACCUCCAAUGAUGAUUGUCUUCUACAAGAAUUACACUGCAAUUGACCCAAGCUGGCAUGUUCGAUAUUUAGGGUGGACAUCUGGAACAAGUUAUUCCAAAGCAUUUGUUAGUCAUGCAAAACUGCUUCACUGGAAUGGACAUUUUAAACCUUGGGGUCGUCUCUCUCAGCACUCUGAUAUUUGGGACAGAUAUUUUGUAAAAGACCCCACUCUCAAGUUUAAACCCCUUCGUAGAUUCAGCACAUAG